UGCAGAAACAAUGGGGAAGCGUCUGAAACGGAUAUAGAAACCUGCGAGUCUGCGACUGCUCCAACGUCACAUGGUUGUACCUUCCUCUCGAUCUCCAAACACGCACGCGCUUCUCAUCUUCUUCCGUGUUUUAAAUCAACACUGUUACUUCCUACUUCCUACAUAAGACCUGUUUCUUUUUCUUGUCUUGACAAGGGACGACACCGACACAUAAUUCGCACAUAAGACCUGUUUCUGGGAACCAAGUUUUCCCUCAUUCGCACAUAGUUUUGUGGUCUCUAGUCUUGUCCAUGAGUAGUUCAAAGUUGAGAAACCUGUUCUGGGGUGUGUUGUUUUCAUGGAUAUGGUUUGGAGGUUUGGCCAUGGCGGCAAGUGACAGUAGCAGCAGCAGCUCCAGAGACCUGGACCAGACACCAACGUGGGCCGUUGCUGCUGUGUGCACUGUUUUCAUUUUGAUAUCCAUAACAUUGGAAAAGAGUCUCCACAAACUUGGCACGUGGCUUGGACAAAAGCAUAAGAAGGCUAUGCUGGAAGCUCUGGAUAAGGUCAAAGCUGAGUUGAUGAUUUUAGGGUUCAUUUCACUUCUUUUGACUUUCGGGCAGAGCUAUAUUGUCAAAAUAUGCAUUUCUGAAAAGAUCGCAUCCAAAAUGUUGCCAUGUCCAUAUAACUAUGAGAGUACCGAUAGUGCGUCAGAUACUGAAGAGAACCAUCGUAGGAAACUUCUGUCAUAUGAACGUAGAUAUUUAGCUGCUGAUACUACCUCGUACAAAUGCAGCAAGGAGGGACAUGAGCCACUUUUAUCUGUCAAUGGAUUGCACCAGUUACACAUCCUCAUAUUCUUCUUAGCAGUUUUUCAUGUGCUUUACAGUGCUAUCACAAUGCUCCUUGGAAGACUAAAGAUACGUGGUUGGAAGGCAUGGGAGGCAGAGACUUCUACUCAUGAUUAUGAGUUCGCUCAUGAUGCUUCAAGAUUUAGGCUUACACAUGAAACAUCAUUUGUGAGGGCCCAUGCAAGUUAUUGGACAAGGAUUUCCAUCUUCUUCUAUAUUAGCUGCUUCUUUAGGCAGUUUUAUAGGUCUGUCCGUAAGACUGACUUCCAGACUUUGCGCCACGGGUUUAUCAAUGUCCACCUGGCUCCUGGAAGUAAAUUUAAUUUCCAAAAGUAUAUCAAAAGAUCAUUAGAAGAUGAUUUCAAGGUGGUUGUGGGAGUCAGUCCUGUCCUCUGGGCAUCAGUUGUAGUUUUUCUACUCAUCAAUGUUAAUGGAUGGCGUACUCCAAUUUGGGCAGCCUUAAUCCCUAUUAUUAUAAUUUUGGCCGUUGGAACAAAACUUCAAGCCAUAUUGGCCAGGAUGGCUCUUGAUAUCACCGAAAGACAUGCAGUUGUCCAAGGAAUGCCUCUUGUCCAAGGCUCAGACAAAUACUUUUGGUUUGGUCAGCCACAGUUGGUUCUUCAUCUUAUCCAUUUUGCUUUGUUCCAGAAUGCGUUCCAAGUAACAUAUAUCUUGUGGAUAUGGUAUUGUUUUGGGGUGAGAAACUGUUUCCGUACUGACUACAAGCUUGCCAUGAUAAAAGUAGCUAUAGGGGUUGUGAUGCUAUGCCUCUGCAGCUAUAUCACCCUUCCAUUAUAUGCUCUUGUAACUCAGAUGGGUUCAAGGAUGAAGAAAGCAAUAUUUGAUGAGCAAACAAGCAAGGCUCUAAAGAAAUGGCACAUGGCUGUGAAAAAGAAGCAUGGAGCAGUGAAGCUGGGAAAGUCGAGUGCACGUACCUUAGAUAAUGGAAGCCCCAUUGGUUCAACAAUGAGCUCCCCUGGGCCCACACUGCACCGUUUCAAAACAACCGGCCACUCAACCCGCUCUUCAACGUACGAGGAUCAAGACGAUUAUGAGUCCGAUGAUGUUGAGGUGUCUCCCGUGUCGCAAACAACUAGCUUCAUUGUAAGAGUGGAUCCUGGUGAGCAACAUGCAGAAGAAGAAGAAGAAGAUCAUAAACACCAUAGUCAUAGUGAGGGAGAAAUCAACGAUGAAGCUGAAUUCACCUUCGUCAAACUCAAACCUCAUCCUGGGCAAAGAACCACCACGUAGCAUAUAUAUAUUCAUUAUUUUAAUUAGCACUUUCUAGAUUAUGGUGUCUUUAAACUGCAUGAAUUUGUACAUUAUUGUGCAUAAUUCACGUGUCCGUAAUGAAAUCAUUGCCAUUGCAUUAUUAUAUC